AUUCUCAAGAAAUAUUUAUCUUUCAGUCCAGUGUUUCCUCGAUUAUCUGCUAUUUUCGUGGUCAGUCGGAGGGCGGCAACGCGCGCGGUUGGACGCCUGCCGAGACACAUACUUUGUGUUCAUUUUCAUUUGCGACUAUACCUGGUUCGUCUAUGAAACGUGUUAAAUAAUUAAAUUGUUAACAGACAAGGAUUUAAAAACAUACACCUUCAUUCAUCAGUUUUGUUUGUUGGUAACAGUUACCGAAAACCGAAAGGAAAAUGCCCAGAAUUUUAAGAAGCACGUCUAUAUUAAAUGAAGUUUUGAAUCGCAGAUAGGCCCAAAGAUAAUGGUUUACAACCAUAGAUAACAGGAAUAGAGAUUUAUUUUGUUGUUACGCGUACUCCUUCCUCAUAGCUCUUCCAGUUAAGUUUAUCCGUUAAAUAUAUUAAAUAAUAAAUAGUCAAUACCGCUAAACAGUGCCUCUAAAGUUCACUAAAUUCUAACAAAGCUAUUAUAAAAAUAAAUUACAUCAAUAACAUAUCUUACGACAAUAUUCUUCGCAUAACAAAGUAUUUUAAGCACAUAUUUUAAUAUAGUGAUAUUUAUAAAUAAAGAUCAUAUCAACUGCCCUAUAAGUGACAAGUUACUAGUGCCAAAGAGUUAACUGGAAGAUGUCUCACGGCGUGGCGAAGAGCGCGAAGAACGGGAGCGAUGCGCACGCGCCGGAGUCGUCGCGGGACGGUUCCGAGAGCCCGCCGCCGCCGCCCGACGGGGGCUGGGGCUGGAUGGUCGUCUUCGCCUCCUUCAUGAUACAUAUUGUCACCGAUGGCAUGACCUAUUCGUUUGGCGUGUUCUAUGCGGAGUUCCUGACCUACUUCGAAGAGGGCAAAGGCAAAACCGCUUGGAUCGUCUCCAUCCUCGUCGGGGUCACCCUCAGCUCAGGUCCCAUAUCGAGUUCGUUCGUGAAUCGCUGGGGCUGUAGAACGGUGACCGUUGCUGGUGCGCUACUGUCGGCGACUUGUGUGGUGAUUUCUGCUUUCGCGAACAAUGUGCUCACGCUCAUUGUCACCAUCGGCGUUGGCGCUGGAUUCGGGUUCGGCCUCAUUUACCUGCCUGCCAUCGUCAGCGUCACUGUUUGGUUCGAACGAUACAGGAGUCUUGCUACAGGCAUAGCAGUAUGCGUCGGACUUGGAACAUUCUUAUUUGCACCAAUCACGUCAGCAUUAAUUACAAAAUAUGGUUGGAGAGGAGCCAUGGCGAUCAUCGGUGCGCUUGUCCUCAACUGUAUCCCAUUGGGCCUCAUAUUCCGACCUGUGCCCGAGCGCCCGCGGACGCCAGUCACGGAACCGAUGCUACCCAAGAAAAACAAGUCUCCUCUCAAAAGAUCUCAAAGCACGGAACAAGUGACUAAAGCAAAUGGAAAGGUGGAUGAUGGAGAUAUUGCAAGGCUAACUCUUUCGCAACCUGCUUUAAACAAGCCACACGAACAAAAACAACAACCAUACUCUCGGCACGGCAGUGGAAUAAUGCAGAGACCUGAUGUCUUGUACCAAGGAAGUAUGACCAGCCUUGCCAAGUUCAGGGCACCAUCGCCCGAAAGAGCGCACACCUCAAAGAAGAAAGAGAAGAGAGGUGCGAAUGUUUACCCUGCUCGGCAGAAUCGAGAGCUGCUUUGUCUGAAAUGUUGGACUUGUCUUUACUUGUGGACCCAAUAUUUAUAUUAUUUGCAGUCUCAAACUUUUAACCAGCAUUGGUUUUACAUACCAUACGUUUAUACAGUGCCUAUGAGUGAAAAAUUGGGAAUAGAAAAUCCACCGUAUUUAAUUUCUAUAAUAGGAGCUGCGAAUCUGGUGGGAAGAAUUAUUUUGGGAUACAUAAGUGAUAAGCCGUGGGUGAACCGCUUAUUAGCUUAUAAUUUAUGUCUUACUAUCGCUGGAAUAAGUACAGCAAUGGCAAUGUUUUGCUGGGAAUUUUGGGGUUUAGCUAUGUAUGCAACCACAUUCGGCUUUACUAUUGGUGCUUAUGUGGGGCUAACAUCUGUAGUGCUCGUCGAUCUUCUUGGCCUGGAGAGACUGACAAAUGCGUUUGGUCUACUUCUACUGUUUCAAGGGAUCGCUUCGCUUAUCGGACCUCCUUUCGCAGGUUUACUAUACGACGCCUUGCAGUCGUAUGCGCCAGGAUUUUAC